UCUCGUGCAUGCACGUGUCACUGGACAAUCUCGGGACGAAUUCCGAGGUAAACGUGCGCGAGUUGAUGCAGGAUCACACGAUACACCUGCUGGACAUACAGAGAUCGGAAUAGGCAAGACAAUCCCGUCAUCAUCUGUCAUGGCUAGUAAUGCCUUCAGGAAAUUAACGUUACACAUCGCUAAUAUCCCGUGGACGGUGGGUCGCCACGAGCUCGCCCUGUACUUCUCCCAGUUCGGCUACGUGCACGAGGCCUCUGUCGCGUUCAACAAGCAGACCGGGCUUCAUCAGGGCCACGGGCACGUAACGUUAGUCAGGGUGGGUCCAAAGGAUGUGCUUGGUCACAAGCACUUUCUAAAAGGGAAGGAGUUGCUUCUGACCAGAAAACAGUCCGACGACAACGACAACGGUAGUACGUUUAAUUGAACGAGCUGCAAAA